CCUGGCCCUGCCCUGUGGGUCCUCACCCACCACCCGCCGGCUUCUCAGCAGCCCUAUCGUCCCUGAAGGUCCAAACGGGUGGCGCGGAGCCCCAGCCAGGAGGCAGAUUCGGCCUGGCCCUCGGGUGGAGCUGACUCCCCCAGGCAUCCAGGGGAAAACAGUGACACCUCCACAGAGUGCUCCUGGCUUUGGGGACCCGGCCCGAGUGGGACUUGGUGGCGUGAAGAGCUGAAGGCCUGGGCUAUGUUCCUCAACCAGGGGCCAGAGUGUUCCAAAGGGCUGGGUGCUGGAGGAAAGGAUGGGGUUCCCUUCUCAUCCAGCUCUACCCGCCCCUGCCCCUGAAGAGAGUGGUCCUGAGCCAGGGCAGGUGGGCGUGCUCACCUUCUCUAACACCUGCGGUGCCCGCUGCACCCCUGGUCCCUGCGGCAAGGGCUCCCCUGUUCUUCCAGCGGGCCCCUCAUGCCAGCCCAGCUCAUGGGUCCACAUCACUCACCUGAGGCCCCAGGACAGUUCUCCAUGCAGUGCUUCCUUAAAUUUCACCCCGCCCUCUCUCAUGGAGGAGGGACUGAUAAGUCUGGAGCUCCCACUGGCAGCUCUCGGGGACUCUGUGGUCAGCCCCCAGGGGCGUCGGGGCCUCCGGCGACAGGACACAGUGGGCGUGCUGAUGGAGAGAGAGCGUAAUCCCUGACUCCUCCCGGGGCUGCUGGGGCAGGCAAGGGUCUAAGAUACAAUGUGUGCCUUCCAGUGGGUCUCCACUCUGGGUUGGGCUCAGUCAAGCUAGAAGCCCCCAUGACCCACACCUGGGCAGAUGGGAGAGGGUGUCUGGUGGAGAGAAUGAUGUCUGGAGUCAGCCAGGAGCCCCACCCCAAGCUGCCUUCUGAACUUGGCAUAGCACGAGUUCUUGCCAAGCCUCGUGUUAGGUUAGGGAGCAGACACAUAAGAGCGGUUGUGGGGUGUUUAUUAUUAGCUAAGCACUCGACAAGUGUCAGUGCUCUUAAUUGUCAUGGAAGUCUGGCCACAGGAGAGAGUGGCACCUUCCUGGUCAGAGCCCUUUGCCCUGAGGACACUGAGGUGCCCUGAGACAGCUCACCCUGCCUGACUUGGAAGGGAAAACCUCCCCUGGAGAACAGGAGAGCCCCGUUCACCCCUCUCAGCAGAGCAGCCGGAGCUGGCACAGUGGCCGGGCUGCAGGUAUGUCCACGUGCUCAGAGUCUUGGGUGGUGAGGGUUUUUUUUCGCUGGGGACUAUUCCUUGCAUCUGGUCUAUGCCCUGAGCCAUAGGGCAGCCCGUUCCAGGGGCAGGCCCUCUGCACCCAGGGUGGGAGGCAGCAGACUCCACACUGCUGAAGACCUAGAGCCAAGCCCAAGCCAGACGCAGAGGCUGGUCCCUGCGAUCACAUGCCCUGGGAUGCCGCCGCCCCCGCCCCCGCCUCCUGCCCACCCAGAGUUCGUCGUCAUCCAUAACGGGAUCAUCACAAAUUACAAAGACCUGAGGAAGUUUCUGGAAAGCAAAGGCUAUGAGUUUGAGUCAGAAACAGAUACGGAGACCAUCGCCAAGCUGAUUAAAUACGUGUUCGACAACAGAGAAACGGAGGACAUUACGUUUUCCACGCUGGUCGAGAGAGUCAUCCAGCAGCUGGAAGGCGCGUUCGCGUUGGUUUUCAAGAGCAUCCACUACCCCGGAGAAGCCGUGGCCACAAGGAGAGGCAGCCCCCUGCUCAUUGGAGUGCGGAGCAAAUACAAACUCUCUACAGAGCAGAUCCCCGUGCUGUACAGGACACGCAAUAUUGAGAAUGUUAAGAAUAUCUGUAAAACAAGGAUGAAGAGACUGGACAGUUCCACCUGCCUUCACGCCGUGGGUGACAAAGCAGUGGAAUUCUUCUUUGCUUCUGAUGCAAGCGCUAUCAUAGAGCACACCAACCGGGUUGUCUUCCUGGAGGAUGAUGACAUCGCUGCAGUGGCUGAUGGGAAGCUCUCUAUUCAUCGGGUCAAGCGUUCGGCUAGUGAUGACCCAUCUCGAGCCAUCCAGACCUUGCAGAUGGAAUUGCAGCAAAUCAUGAAAGGUAACUUCAGCGCAUUUAUGCAGAAGGAGAUUUUUGAACAGCCAGAAUCGGUUUUCAACACAAUGAGAGGUCGGGUGAAUUUUGAGACCAACACAGUGCUCCUGGGCGGCUUGAAGGACCACCUGAAGGAGAUCAGACGAUGCCGCCGGCUCAUCGUGAUUGGCUGUGGAACCAGCUACCACGCCGCCGUGGCCACGCGGCAAGUUUUGGAAGAACUGACCGAGCUGCCCGUGAUGGUCGAGCUUGCUAGCGAUUUCCUGGACAGGAACACUCCCGUGUUCAGGGAUGACGUCUGCUUUUUCAUAAGCCAGUCAGGCGAGACUGCAGACACCCUCCUGGCGCUGCGUUACUGUAAGGACCGCCGGGCCCUGACCGUGGGCGUCACCAACACCGUGGGCAGCUCCAUCUCCCGAGAGACUGACUGUGGCGUCCACAUCAACGCGGGACCGGAGAUCGGCGUGGCCAGCACCAAGGCUUACACCAGUCAGUUCAUCUCUCUGGUGAUGUUUGGUCUGAUGAUGUCCGAAGACCGUAUUUCACUGCAAAACAGAAGGCGAGAGAUUAUCCAUGGCCUGAGAUCUCUACCUGAGCUGAUCAAGGAAGUGUUGUCCCUGGACGAGAAGAUCCACGACCUGGCCCUGGAGCUCUACACGCAGAGGUCGCUCCUGGUCAUGGGGCGGGGCUACAACUACGCCACGUGCCUGGAAGGAGCCCUGAAAAUUAAAGAGAUAACCUACAUGCACUCAGAAGGCAUCCUGGCUGGGGAGCUGAAGCACGGGCCCCUGGCCCUGAUUGAUAAGCAGAUGCCCGUCAUCAUGGUCAUCAUGAAGGAUCCUUGCUUUGCCAAAUGCCAGAACGCCCUGCAGCAGGUCACGGCCCGCCAGGGUCGCCCGAUUAUACUGUGCUCCAAGGACGACACCGAAAGCUCCAAGUUUGCGUACAAAACCAUCGAGCUGCCCCACACCGUGGACUGCCUGCAGGGCAUCCUGAGUGUGAUUCCACUGCAGCUCCUUUCCUUCCACUUGGCUGUUCUCCGAGGAUACGACGUUGACUUCCCCAGAAAUCUGGCCAAGUCUGUAACCGUGGAAUAAGAACAUGAGUGCGAGGAGACCAUCGCCACCUUCAGUCUGUUUCAAGACCUGUCCCAAGUGACACAAAGUGGGAAGAAAAGCUGGCAUUCUGCGUGUUCUGAGUAGAUCCCAGUAGAGCUUGACAGCUUUGACGUGCCUUGUGCCCAAGUGCUUUGCUUACAGCAGAUCAUCUUUCUCUGUGUCCUGAAGUCGCCAGAGGAGAAGGGAAUCUUUGUUUACACACGGGGACCAGAGCGAACUUUUCCACUCCCGUGCAAUAGAGGUACAGCUCUCUUCAGAAUAACUGUGAACCUUUUUUAACCAACACUAGUUAGUUUUAAAAGACAAAAUAUUUAUAAUGACAAUUGUAUAGCUUUUAAGUUAUUUUUCUAGUAUGUGGCUUUUCUGUAGCCAAGGUAACUCCCAGACCGUGCCCCCGGCUACCCAGUGUGCCCCGUCUCCAGGUAGAGGGCAUUCAUCUCAGAUUUGAGCACCAGGCAUCGCCCCUCUGGACUCCUUUCUCCUUUCCCAUCCUCUCUUGACUGCUCCCGAGUCCCGUACCCUGACUUCGGGGAAGCCCUUCCCGCUAUCUUCCUAUGCCUCCUGUAAGUCCUGUCAGAAUCUCAGCCUCCUUCAGCAGUGUCCUCUCAUCUACAAUCUCUCCGACUCUCCACCUGCUCUUUCGUCUGAUCGUGGUUUUUAUUACAGCCCAGGCAGCAUUUCGGUCCCUGCUCCUGCCCACAGUAAAACGGCUUGGAAGAACCCAUGCAAGAGGGCAGUUUCGAGUGAGCUCCCUUGCCCUCUGUUACAGGCGUGCACAAUCAAAGUACUAUGCAAUUUUAAGACAAUAAAGACAGUACAAUUUU